GUUGUGGAUAAAUGUACAUUAACUAUUCAGAUCUUUAGUCGGAAAUGUUUCAUAGAGAAUAGACAACACACAGGAGAGAAUUUUCUUUUAGUUUAGGAACAGAAUGAAUCCUUUAAUUUUCAUUGGUUUAUUUUUAGCUGUGUCUGUAUCGGGUGAGUACUGCACCUACCAUCGCACCUUCGGCACAAUCACCUAUGAGUACUGCAACUGGGGCUGUUGUUAUUCAAUCAUCUACCCAUGCUGUGACACACCUUACUAUGCCGACGUGCCCUUUGUAGCCGGCAUGGCGUUGACUUCCGUAGGUCUAUUGCUGGGGAUAGCCGGAGCAUGCGUCAGGAGACUGAGACGCGUCAGGAGACUGAGACAUGUCCAGACGACAGUUCAGAACACGGCAUCUGGCAACCAGCAAGUCUUCUCAAUCUUGGCAGCGCAGGAAAAUUCAGGUGUUGCUAACACAGACUACGUGAACACAUCCGCUGUCAACACAGGCUACGGGAACACAUCCGCUGUCAACACAGGCUACAUGGGCCCACCCGCCUACAACACAAACUACUCUACUGCUUUCUCCAACAGUGGCUACACCCACACAGCUUCCGCCACAACAUAAGAGCCUACACGCUCAUUUCAAGACAACAUAUAAGAAUGUACACAAUCGUGUAAAUACAACGUUUACCGGUGUAAUUGUUUUAAAUACUAAAGAACAAAACGAAUACAAUAAAAUAUCACAAAAAUGUGACAAAACAAUGUUUACAUUAAAUGCU